CAGCUCGUUUUAGGAAGGAGGUUGGACUUCUAUUGGGCGGAUGGGGGCGCCUCACUGCCAUGUGAGGCUCACCGAUCCCCGUGGACGUGGUCGAGUGUAUGUGGACUCGUAGUUGUGCGUGGGUUUUCCCGAAAGGAAUAGAAGAAGCAGAAGCAGUCUCUCCUGCAUGGAAACAAGCGAAUGGAAGUUAAAGGGGACUCAUGCUUGAACCAAGCGAAGGAGACUUGAAGUGAAUUGCGUGUAUGUAAAUGAGCAAGUUGUCCUGUCGUGGAAAAAAAAAAGUCCAUCUAGCCCUUGCAGGAUUCCAGCGUGACGCUUCGUGCAAACAUCAUGGCAGCAGCGUCCUCACCCUCCUUCGGCCUCCUGCUCUUUCUCCUCACGUCCUGGCUUUCGUCUCCGGGCUCGGCCUUUGUCAGCGACUGGCACCACAUCACGCCAUCAGCUCCUGUUGAACCUCACUUCACAAAGUGUACAUCCCAGGAUCAAGCGACAUUCAGCUGCUGGUGGAGUCCCGGCAGUUUCCACAACCUGUCUGACCCCGGAGCAUUGAGGGUCUUCUAUAAGAAGCGCAUUGUAGACGCCCCCACUGAGAACGAAUGGAAAGAGUGUCCAGAGUAUUUCCACUCAAGGCGAGAAUGCUUCUUUGAUCGAAACCACACAUCCAUUUGGACCCCCUACUGCUUGCAACUGCGCAGCCGAGACAACGUUACCUAUUUCAACACGGAUGACUGCUUCUCUGUGGAAAACAUUGUGCGUCCUGACCCUCCAGUGGCUCUCAACUGGACCUGCUUGAAUGUGAGUCCCUCCGGGCUCACUUACGACAUCAUGGUGACAUGGGAACCACCCGCCUCCGCUGACGUCAGGAUGGGCUGGAUGAGUAUCGUGUACGAGGUCCAGUACCGAGAGAAGAACAGCACCACCUGGGAGACAAUGGAGGUUCAGCUGCAGCCUGAAACCGAGCAGACUAUCUACGGACUCCAUGUCGACAAAGUAUACGAGGUGCACAUCCGCUGCAGGAUGAAGGCCUUCACCAAGUUCGGAGACUUCAGUGAAUCUGUUUUCGUUCAAGUCUCUCGCAGUCCCAACAAAGAUGCAUUUUCCCUGCUCACAUUGGUUAUCGUUUUGGGGGUUGUGGCCGCCGUCAUACUCAUCAUGUGGGUUGUUGUCUCACAGCAGCACAGAUUAAUGGUCAUUCUGUUACCACCGGUUCCGGCGCCCAAAAUUAAAGGCGUUGAUCCAGAGCUGUUAAAGAAAGGGAAGCUGGAUGAGCUGAAUUUCAUUCUUAGCGGUGGAGGUCUUGUUGGCGGCCCCACGUAUUCGCCAGACUUUUACCAAGAUGAGCCGUGGGUGGAAUUCAUCGAGGUGGACGUGAAGGAUCCGGACACUGGGGAGAAGGAGGACAACCAGGCCUCGGACACGGAGAGGCUGUUAGGGGGCUCUCAGUCAAGCGGACACCGAGACGGGUGCUCCACUGCUUUCAGCUUUCCUGACGAUGGCGGCGACAGCGAACGCCCUUACGCCUCGAAUGAUCCCGAUGAAGACGGCGCCGUGCUCACGUCCACGCUGCUCCCGGGCCAACCCGACGACAGAGAAGCCUCCCUCUACGUGGACUCGGAGCAAAUAGAGAGACCCCCGGCGCACUCUCAAAGCGGAGUUCCUCAGACUUGGGUCACCACGGAUUUCUACGCCCAGGUCAGCAACGUCAUGCCCUUCGGGGGUGUGGUGCUGUCCCCCGGCCAGCAACUACGAACGCAGGAAGGCGGCCCGGCCUCGAACGAAGACGCAAAGAAGGGGAAGAAAGACUGCGAGGAGGAGAAGAAGCAAAAGGAGCGUCAGUUUCAGCUCCUGGAUUUGGAACCAGAUGGCGACAGCAGCACCCCGCCUUACUGCUCCAUGCCCGACGAGAGCUGCCAGCCCAGCGAGCCUCGGCCGAAUGAAGCCUACCAGUCGCCUUACGUCUCUCCCGACUCCCCCCAGGCGCAGCUCUUUGCUCCCGUAGCGGACUACACGGUUGUACAGGAGCUAGAUAGCCAGCGCAGCGUUCUGCUGGACCCGCCUCCCGUCCAGUCAGCGCCGUUGUGCCUGUCGCAGCACCCCCUCAAAUCCCUCCCCGCCAUGCCCGUGGGGUACGUGACCCCAGACCUGCAGGGGACAUUCUCGCCUUGAACGCAACACGUUGAGACUGGGAAGUUAGCCGACUCCCGUUGGAGGCCGAUUGACUCGCGGCGAACGGCGGGAGGGGAGUUGAAAUUGCGCCCGCUGCCUUACAUCCGCGCCGCCGAAAUGUAUUUCAUGCGCUUUGUGUUUCCUUGCAAGCGACGUAGGAGAGACGUUUUUCAAGAAGCAAUCAUUUUGACGCAUCUUUAGGUAAUUGCCGAAGUCUUAACAGUGCAAAGAGUAGCGCAGUUGCCCUGGCCCGAAGAUGGCAGGAGAAGAAGCGUCUGCCAUUGUUUACUUCUUAAAUAGUGUACAUAAUUGACACAACUUUAGAACGUGUGCUUUCAAGACAUGUCGAACUAUUCAUACUUGCUCAAACCGAGCAAGAAAGUAGAACGUUUUUCUGCUUUUGCUGCAAAACUGCAUCACAUUGUUUUUGUGAUUAUGCACGUGCUGGCCAAAUUUCGAGGUAGUUUAUUUGUUGAAUUUGUGAUUUAGUUUUUUUUUUUUUUUUUAGCUGAGGAAUGAAUGAAAACUGCAACCCUGCAAGAUAAAAAGGAACAACGCGACGACAAAUAAUCCAGUCAAAAAGCUUGUGUGCUUUGCAGUUAAAGGAUUCUCAUCCAAUCAUCUAUUUCCUAUCGCACUUGUUGACAUGCCUAUCUCAGCUGACUUUGGCCGAAAUUGCAGCUGAAACCUUUACAUUGAAAAUGUGGACUGGGAAUGAAUAACGUUGUGCAUGAGUGUAUUUUACAAACGAUCACACAGACGCGCAUACAAACUGUGAUAAACGAGCUUCUACGCGGCGUCAUGGGGCCUUGCAGGAGGUCGCUGUGAGGCGUUAGGUGACGCUAAGGAAAUUGCCAUGGAGGCUGACCAAAGGGAAAUCCUGAAACGCGGUUCAUGGAUGGGAAUGAGUUUCCCCCUUUGAUCCUGGCAUCGUUUAAUUCCAUUUUACGCAAAGGAAUCUUAGAAGCUGUUCUUUAAAACAGAAGGAUGGCUUUCUACGCCAUUUAAAAAAAAAAAACUUGUAGUAUCAAUACUUUGAAAGCUGCUGUACAUGUAGCUGAUGGACACACACACACACACACACACACACACACACACACACACACACACACACUAUCAACCUAUACCAGCUCAGCUACUACAACCCUUACGAUGUUAUUUGAAAUGUGUUCCUAUAUGUUUAUGUCAAAUAAUUCAGGGACGGCGAAUGGAUUGAGUCCAAAGAAUGUGAAGGUGUGUCAGUCGACACAGUGUGAACAACUUCUUUUUCCACGGUUGCGUUCAAUGCUUGCCUGUUUUGACGAAUGCUUCAAUAGUAGACAUAAUAAUCGUAAUAGGCUUUCGACUAGGCUAAAAAAAAAAAAAAAGAAUUACAGAGGCGGCAAUGUGUUUAGGUGAACUGGUGAAGCAUCUCUGCGUACAAAAUACAUCCAUUUUGCCAUUUGAUCCAUUU